AUGACAUUUCGACCAUUAUCGAAAAGUACGACCAGUGGCCAUAUGAAGCACAUUGUGGAAGAAAAGGCUGGACUCACAGCCAACCUUCCGGACUUGGAGCCACAAAAGGCCGUGUACAUUGAGGACAAGUGGAGUUGGAGCAGCUACGUUUACGACCCCCUCGCUCGAAAGCGACUGAUUCUCGGCUCCAUCGGGUGCUUUUUGCUGCUGCUUUCGUUUUACUUUGGGUACAAGGCGGGAACGACGGCCCCGGGCGUCCAAACCCUGAGCACACCGCAAGAUUUGAUCCCAAACAUCCUCACCAAUGAUACGACGCUGGUGCGUGUGAAAAUUCCUCGCAAACACAAAACCCCCCACAAUUAGUACACAAGUGUAUUUUUAAGAAUAUCCUCAUGUUGGUAUACUACAGUUAAUAGUAUACGUAUGUUGGGUCACUCCAAACCUUCGUAAUACUAAUACAGUAUUUAAUACUAUUAAUAGUUGGAAACUGUAUCUGAAAAUUG